CACGAGGAGUUUUACAAUUUUGACUUUCAGUCGGUCGGUCCGGCGCAUCGUGCGCAUGCAUCAACCUGCCCAUCGUGUGCACAAAACUGAUUUAAGUACAUGUAAUUUCUCAAGUCCCCGUUGACGGCGAACAACAUUCAAUCAAGAGAACAAUGCCUUUCAUAAAACAAAAUGAUGCUUGGAAACAGGCUGUUCGGGUACAAAAACAAAAACGGAGAAAUACCUGACAUUAACAAGCGACUGCCUCGUGCCCGCCUCGCGUUUUGUGAACGUCGAGAACCUGGUCACCCAUCUAAUCUCAGGAGCUGCGUAUAAAAACCAGCUGCAUCGUCUACUAAACCUACAUCUUCCAACCACCACCAAGUCCCAUCCCAAUCUUGACUUCGUUCGCACGUUUCGUCCCGACUUUUCAACCCAAUUGAACACCCAGCAACUACUAUGGAAUCAUCUACAAUCCUCGACAACGACUCUAUCACUCCAGGUGACAUCGUCGCCGUCCGCCACGGUCUGAAAGGCCGUCAAGAAGGCCUCGUCAUCGGCUCACACAUCGAUUAUGCCGGUCGUCAAAUAAUCGAAGUCCAGCUCGACAGCGAGGUAUACCAUGCCUGGUAUCCCACCGUCACCCGAGUAAAACGUACCGUGUACACCCGUCCUGGGAUUACAUCGGGCCGUCGGACCAUUGAACGUCGGAUUUAUUGGUGAUUUGGACCGCCACCAACACACGAAUGAUUGAAUGAAGAAAAUGGAGGAUAUCGCAACGACGGCGAUGGCAGCAGCAGCAGCAGCGAUGACGACAAGAUCAUGACGACCGCGAUAUCCCACCUUCCCCCUUCCCUCCUCUCCCAACCCGUGGUUGGGAGCCUAGACUCCAUCCAACAAAUCUGCAAGCUCGCUGCCGUUGCUGUCCUGUCCUAUCCUAUCUCAUUAAACAAGUCUCACAACGGACGGAAUUGGAACCCAAGGACCUCACGCAUGCUGUUUAUCUUUUCUUUGAUUCAAAUUCAAGGGUGCUAGACGUAUCUAAGUAUCUGCUUCUUUUGUAUUUAUAUAUAGCCAUCUACAAUAGUAACGUCCUUUCAUGAAUUCUCA